GACCGAGAGAGAAGCACGAUGGAUCAGAUCAGAUGGAUUAUAAUGUCUUCAUUUCUGAUGCUGCUGGUUCAUUUUACAGCUGCUAGGACAUUUUUCUACCCUAUUGUGAAAGUUGGAGAUGACGUCACUUUGUCGUGUGAUAAUGGGAUGGAUGAUCAGGAUCAGUGUGAAGGUGUUACCUGGUACUUCGUUAAUCCAAGAAACAAAGGAUUGACGCUGUUUGAACACGGGCAGAUUCAAGCUAAAUCAGACCGACUGAGUGUUACAGAGAACUGUUCUCUGGUCAUAAAGAAUAUCAAACAUGAUGAUGUUGGUCGUUAUGAUUGCGGCCACUUCAGAUCAGGAAAACUACACGGUGAAGACACAGUGGUUGCUCUGUAUGUUGUUACCAUGUCUGAACAGAAGGAUGAUGAUGAUACGGUCACCUUGGUCUGCUCUGUGUCGGGAUAUUCUUUGAAUUGUUUCCACACAGUGAGCUGGCGGUAUGGUGAGACUGACGUGGGGGCAACACGGUAUCCCUGUUCAGCUGUAUUAUUUACACCAUAUCACCUUAAUCUGAAGUCAGAGGAUUAUGAGUUAUUGAAAUGUAAAGUGACUCGCAGAGACAGUGGAAAUGUGCAGCUGUUCACCUUCAUCCCUCCUCAGUCCUCUGGUGAGAAACCAGGUGAUAAUACUACAACUACAAUAUCUCCGACUACAACUGAAUCGGCAUCUGAAAACAACAAUCAAACUAAACCAGAAGGCUGGUGGAGGAUCAUCGUCGUGCCUCUGGGUUUAACAUCACUCAUAACAAGUGUAGUGGUGGUCAACAUAUGGACAAGAGCUAAAGGGAACAAAACACAGACGAAAGAAAACAUUAAGUAUGAUAAUGAAGAUGAAGGUACAGUGACCUAUGAAAACGCUGCAGAGCCUUCUACCUCUGUCUGACUUCACUGAUCAACAACAUCAACUCACCACAGAGUCCUCUGCUGUUAAACAUCAUCUCAUCAUAUAUUACAUGAGUAGAUACAAAAAUAUGUUGAUGGAUGACUGAAUGUGUUUUCUGUGCCAAGCUGUUUCUAUUUUAGUCUGAGCUGGACAAAGAUACUCAAGUCUUGAUCUGAUCUCAUAUUAAGAAGCCCCCCCUUUGAGUCAGUCCAGAACCUUAACUUCAUCUAAAACAGAUCACCUGGUAUAUUCAUUUAUUUCUUAUUUAGCUUCCAUACUCAUACACAUUUAUACUUCUGUCCAUACAUCUGAUCUAUAGUCUAUACACAGUAUUCAUAUCAUUCCUCCAGCUGUUUAUUCUGUAUAUCAUGUCUUAUAUUAGCAUUAUUGUACCUAAACCUGCACUAUAUAUUUAUAUAUAUAUACCUGCGCGGCCGACUGUUACUACUACUAUGCAAUUUGCUGCUUUCUGCACUUAAA